GGCGUCUACAAUAUUUUUGUUACCAGUGUUUGCAGUUUUUGGUUAUCGUUAUCAGUACAUCAAUUUCUAGUUCAGAUAAGAAAUUUAAAAUAGUACAUUCCGUUGUCAAGACCCACUAUGAUUGUUUUUGUGACGUGUAUGGUUAUAACUAUAUGAACUAUGAACAAGUUGGAUGAGCAUAGUUUGUGUAAUUAUAACGUCUAGUGAUUCUUUCUGUUUACGUUUCCUGGAGAUUAUCAUUUCCUGGGGACGCAACAACUUGGCAUAGUUCGUUUAUUUUACGAGCAUUCAAACGCUUGAAACGACGAGAAUAAAAAUGUUGCCUUGAGAACUUUUAAAAACUUGAGCGCAUACACCUGAAGACAAUUUUCACAAAAACUUGCGUAUUUGCUUUCUCAACCAAAACCCUGAACUGCACAAUAAGUAAGCUAAAUUCCAGUAGUUGUUAUUGAAAACAUUGCUGAUUGAGAAUUCAGUUUUCCCAUCAGUUAACAGCGUGAAAUUUGAUCUCUAAACAAAAUCUACACAACCAUUUACAGGCAUAAGUAAAUAUUUCAGUUUUCCGAUUUGGAUCAAUCUUUAACCUUCCUCUGACGCAUUUGCACUCAAUUAGUGCAAUCGAAUCAAUAUGCAGCUGGAAAAAGUAAACUGAUACGUCUCUACGUCUAUUUAUAUCUCAAACUUACACUCUAGUUUAUCGCAUUUGGAUAUAUCUGGUCUGGUAGGUACUUGAAGUUCAAUAUGCCAGGUUUAUUUAUUUGUGGAGCAAUUUUAUCAUACGUAGUAUACGCUGCUCAGUUACCCAUCCUUUUCAGGCCAAUAAAACCACACGUAUUGACAGAUCUUCUUUAUUGUAGUGAGAAGAUCUGUCAAUACAUGUGGUUUUAUUGACCAGGUUUUUCGCCAAGACGUUGAUUUAGCACUUAGUUGUACGUGUCGCCUAAACGUCGUGAAGCUUGUUAUCAAUCUUUGGCUCUGAUGUGAUGUAAAAUCUGCUUCUGAGAUGGCAUUACCGGAGGUCUAAGCUGUGUUUUACAUGAUACCCAAGCCUGUCAAAUUAGCAAUAAUACUGGAAGAUGAGAACCUAAGAGUGGCAGCUCAAAAUUUCAGGUGCUGGGUGCCAUCUAGGAACAUUUUUUAUAGGAUGAGCGAUCGUGUGAUACCCCGUUUGGAAGCUCAUUAUUAUCUUCUCCAUUAUCAGUGGCGUAUAGCUUGCUCCUCAGGGCCCCAUUUCAAAAUUUGCACCCAACUGUGACGAAUCCCAAAUAGGGGGUAGAAUCUGAAUUUUCGGAAUUCUUAUCUAGAUUAUCGAUAGUUGGAUAACGUGUGAUAUUUUCAUCCGUGAUAAGAUAAAGUACCUAAUUAUUUAAAACUGCAUCAAAUUUGGACAUGUUACUAGUCUUACAUGUUACAACGCAUAAAUGGCCCUAGAAGGGGACGCCAUUCCAAUACCAGGCACUCUAGAACCUGCUAACAGUAACAGCAGUUUCGACAUCCACAACGAUUUCUACUAUGAGCUUGAAAAAACUUACCAAAGCACCCAGUCCCUAAAUGCUGAUGUAGACAGUUCGGUGAGAUUUCAAGAACGAACCCAUUUCUACACUGAGAAAUUAGAGUAUCCAAGACAUGGCACCGAACCAGGUUUCAUCUUCAUCUUCAAUCAAGAGACAUUCUCGGAACGGUGUAAAAACAGACCGGGAUCUACCAGAGAUGUAAAUGAAAUCAUUUUAUGCUUGCAAAGAUUAGGAUUUAACAUAGACAGGAAUAAGAAUAUUUUGACUGAUGGUGGAACUGAGGAAAUUGUGGCGAAGUUGAAAGAACUUGGAUCUAUGAACUUCUCACAAUACAAUUCGUUGAUGAUCUUUUUCUUAUCACACGGACAUCGAUUUGAUUUCUUAGAAACCAGUGAUGGAAUAAUACGUGUUGAUGAUAUUAUGGGACCUUUUCGUGCAAGCAGAACGUUGAAAGAUAAACCUAAAAUCUUUGUAUUUCAGGCAUGCAAAGGUGACGAAUAUGUUGCAACAGGUGAAGUGAAGCCUCCUCCCUCGCCUUUAGCAUCGGAAAUUGUUUUUCAGGAUUCCUACAUUACGCCCGACACAUUGAUUGUAUUCGCUGCUAUAGAAGGUACACAAGCAUACCGCAAUCCCGUGCUGGGAUCCUGGUUCAUCCAGGAAAUGUGUAGGAAUUUUUCAGCGUACGGCAGAAAGGAAGAUAUAAUCAGCUUAUUCACCAGAACUACCAAGUGCGUUUGCGGAAACUAUUACUUUUCGUUAGACAACAUUACUUACAGGAAGCAGCUACCAAUGCUGAUAUCGACUCUGACCAAGAAAUUCUAUUUGAACAAGAAUAAAGACAGACACUUCUUGCUGCAUUAUACUGAAAAGAUGCAUGACGUUAUAGACCUCGUAAGGGAGAUUAGGGAGUGUCUCACACCCACGUCAUCAUCGUCUUCAAGCAACUCGCGGGCUGCAUUAAGAGAAAAAUUAGGAUUGAAGGAUUUUAAACAUGUAACAUUGUCAUAAGGGAAUGCUUUUUCUCCCAUACACAAUGACAUCUAGGAUUUCAAUGUGGCGUUUUGUCUGUCCUCCUCAAUCAUUAAUUUUAUUCAUCUUAUAGACCCCAUAGUCGAUUUUUGCACAGACACAAUGGUGACCUUCCUCAGUACAAUGUUUUUUAUUUAAUCCAUAUCGUAUGCGACUUAGGAGAGACCCUUUCCAAUGUGACGAAAAAGCAAAGACCUAACAUAACUAUAGGUACUAAACAAAUAUAUCUGAGAAACAAAUAAAGACAUGGCAAAUGCAAUACCUAUACAAAAAAAAAUAAUUGAACCACUGAUUUCAAUGAAGCCUUCCAUUUAUAUGGCAAAUUAAAUGUAUUUAAAAAAUAUACGAUUUCCUUCAUUACAAUAAAAAUUUACAACCGACCGAGGAAGUCCGUCUCAGUGGUGCGCGAAGUUGACGUUUUCCAGUGAGCAAUCGCAAAUCACAGUUUUGCCAAUCUAGAGCGGCAAAGCAACAAAAAUUGGUUGUAGUAGAACCAAUGGUAGGACGUUUCUUCUUUUCAAUUUUACAGCUUUAAUAAUGGAAGAGGUAAAUUGCUAAAGCAGAAACUAGUGCAGCUUUCAAAAUGUUUCCCUGCUUCACACUUACUUCUCGUGCGGCAAACCGAUACUUUGCAUUCUUAAUGCACAAUUUCCUCUCUUAUUUAUGAGUGCAUUAUAACGUAUAUUCAUUUAGUUAACAUCAAGCUUUCCCGCAUCUUUUAUUUUUAAUACGAAUAUAUAAUUAUCAAGUAACCAAAUAAGUUCGUGCGGUUGCUGUAUAUCGCACAUUGCCAUGGAUGUUGUUGAUCGAUAGCGAUUGUUUGUUACCUGUUGUCACUUUAGUAUGAAUCCUUCUUUUCUCACACACACAUAAAAAGUUGCUGAAAAUUGUCACAUACCUAGUUUUAAUAAUUGCAAAUGGCGACGAAUAAAACUGUAAUUCGAAGUCGUUUAAUGUAUGAGUACAAACUUGGUACAAAAGCUGUAGCAGCGGCGCGAAAAAUAUGUAGCGCAUUCGGAGAUGAUGCCGUUAGUGAUGGAACAGCACAGAAGUGGUUCAAAAAAUUUUCUUCGGGAGAUCUCAGUUUGAGCGAUGAACCACUCUCAGGGAAACAAAAAUUAAUAACAAGGAUCUUCGACAGGUUGUAGACGCAAAUUCCAGAACAACGUGCCAAGAACUUGCAGAAAUGUUCAGAGUGAGUCCUGAAAAUAUUCGUUUGUAUCUUCAUCAGCCAGGAAAGACGUGGAAGUUAAGCAAAUGGGCCCCACAUGAAUUGACAAAUUAUAACAAAUUAAGUCGUCUUACCAUUUGUUCAGCAAACAUUUCACUCAAUGCUCAUGAACCAUUUCUUAAUUGGUUAUUAACCUGGGACAGAAUAAGGAUCUUGUAUUUGAAUUCUAAGCGUUCGUAUCAUUGGUUGUCGCCUUCUGAUUCGGUACCACACACGCCCAAGGCCUCCUUGCACCCAAACAAGGUUUUGUUGCGUGUUUGCUGGACAGCAACUAGAAUUGUCCAUUAUGAGUUUUUGGAAAGGGGUUCAACCAUCACUGCUAACUCGUAUUGUGAGCAGCUUACCAGCUUUUUUUUGUCACUUGACAACUGUAUAAGGCACCAACAGUUCACAAUUCUAGAUGCUGCAAUAAAUGCAGUCCGCCAAUUUUUUUACUCCAAGUCCAGGGAGUUCUACAACCGGCAUACAAAAAUCGGUUCCAUGUUGGCAAAAGGUCAUUAAAUGCGAUGAUAAUUACUUCGACGAAUAAAUAGUGUCGUAUUGUUUCUCAAUAAAAAUUUAUAUUUUUCUACUAAAAGCCGCACGAACUAAUUUGGUUACCAUAGAAACAAACUUAUUUUAUAGCAUUACCCAAUACAUUUUCUUAAUAUAUUGCCAUAUUGAUCCAUUAUCAAUGAAGAAUACUCUGAUCUGUUAAGAAGAAUUAGAGAUGUUUUAUGAUUUUUUAAUUCACCUCUAUAAUGACUUGUCUAUUAUAUUCAUUGUUUGAUCAAUAACAUACUGCCAAAGUUAUUAUCUUUCACAUGAAAUACUAGAAAAAUGUCAAAACCAACAACUAUCAAAGAUGCUAUCAAAAGAUGGGAAGAAAAGCAUCCUGGGGAAUCUAUAAGUGAAGCAACAGAAGUAGGAUUUCAGUUCCAAUGGCCUCCUAUAGAAAAAAUGGAUAACUCUUUAUCAGCCUUAACAAAGGUUAGGAAACUCAGUCUAUCUACAAACAUGAUAGAAAAAAUAGCUGGUUUGAGUGCUCUGAAGAAUCUGAAAAUCCUCUCCUUGGCAAGAAACUACAUCAAAUCUUUCUCAGGCCUUGAAGGUGUAGCUGACACCCUUGAGGAGUUGUGGAUCUCCUAUAAUUUGAUUGAAAAAGUAAAAGGUUGUCAGGUCUUGAAGAAGCUAAAGGUUCUAUACAUAGGCAACAAUAUGAUAAAAGAAUGGGGAGAAUUUAUCAAGUUCCAGGACAUGCCAGCGUUGGAAGAUAUUCUAUUCAUAGGCAAUCCUUUGGCAGACAAUAUGGAUGAAGCUUUAUACAGAAAUGAAGCUCUGAAAAGAUUACCCAAUCUGAAGAAAUUAGAUGGUGAACCUGUUGUAAGGGAUGAUGAAUAGCCAAGUUUCUUUAUAACCUUUUAUGAAAUAAAGUAUGUUAUGAAAAAACAUAUUUAUUCAACAAAUAUAAUUGUACUAGAG